CCUUAUAUCGACUCAUCUCUAAAUUUCGCGCUUCAGCAUUUGAUUGCGGUAAAUAUUUGGCAUGCAAAUUGUGCAAUGGAGCUGCCAGUUUCCGAAUUUAAUAUACGAGAUUUGGUACGUGACCUAUACGGUCGUGCCGUAAGUACAAAAGGCUCAAAGCAGGAGCUACUCGAGCGCCUAGUGGCAGCACGACACGAGAAAGCCGAGGCACAGGCCCAGGGCUAUGUGCGACCCGGCCGACCACCAAUUUCCAAAUUUGGCAUCUGUGUCCAACCGGAUGAUUUUGCCAAUAUUGAAUGCAUGACAGAUGAUGAGUACACGGCGUAUUCAAAGAAGGUGCAAUGGCGUUUGCGACGCGUACAUAAAACAUAUGAUAAUAUGGGUUUGGAGUACUAUCAUCCCGGAGUGCUGCAUCGCAUUGACCGAAGCAAGACAUAUACCCUGAACUUAAAUGAGUUUUGGGUGCGUAAGGAACCGUAUGUGCAUAAGAUGUUUGUUGUGUUUGUAACGCGUACCAAUGCCGAGGAGCAGCGUCUGUGCUACGCUCGAAGCUUGGCCAUGCUGAGGGAUAAGAACUUGACUGUGGAUCGACUGAGAAUGCCUCUUAUUCGAAAUGAUGAAAUGGGCAAAGCUUUAUCAAAUAUCAUGCUGGAAAUCGAAGAUAAUGGCUUAGAGAAUUAUGUAGCCAUUGUCGCGCCCAAACAGCAAUUGCUUCUGCAAGCUCUGCAAGAGCUUAGAAGAGUAACUAGGAAAAAGUUGCCCCCGAUUGUCUUGGAUAGUUGCCAAGUACACAAUAUAUUGGAAAACAAUUUUUGUGCAAAAUCUGCGCGUUGCCUAUAUCAGCUGCAACAUGAGAGAUUUACGGAAAACAGCUACAAGCAACAACUGGAACGAACUCAAGAAAACAACUACACACAAAAUGUUACUGCAGCUGCUUUGUUAAAGGAGUACAUGAAACCAUUGCCUGAUGUCCUGUUAGCCAUGUGGAAAGUUGAAGAGCAUAAAGGGCAGGCCAUAUGCUUGGCUCGUUUGAGUAACGAAAGAUUGAAUGUCUAUUGCGCUCAGGCUCAAAAUGAUUUACCGCCAAUAACAUUUGAAGAGUGCACAGCUGGCGCAGGUUUGCUCCAAUUGCUGCUCUUCGAUGCCUUGUGGUGUCUGUGCGAUGCCAAUGAAAUCGAGGAGAACAAUACGACGGCUAUACUAGAGCCGCCACUGCCCGAUGAGUGGCUGCCCUUAUUGAACUGACUUAUAGUAGGCGCUUAUCCCUCGACCCUCACUCGUAAAUAGAGAGCAGCUUACAAUCCAUAUAGCUGUCAAGUUUAUAUGUCUUUGAAGAUAAGCGCCAGACUGGAUAUAAUCUGGGAGUCUUUAUUGUGGCAAAUUACGUCAGAUAACAGUACAUAUUAGAUAUUUUUAGAUAUUCUCAUCAAGCUUUUGCAGCUGUAGCGUGCUGCCCAAGUCUUUUAGUGUGAUAUCCUCCAAGCUCUUGGCUUUAUCGUCGUCAAAGAUUUUGAGAUUCUUGGCAUGAUACCAGACCACAAUGUUCAUAAAACCACCCAGCAAUAUGCAAGUGCCAGCCGCCAGAUUUAAGGCGUAUCUGAAAAUACAUCGAAGUGAAGAUUAAUAUGGCAAAUAUGUUGUGAAAGGCAUCAGCAUGCACCCACCUCAAGGAUAUGGUGUCAUAGAGCCAGCAGUUGCCUUUGUUGCUGCACGUCUUGCCCCACACCAAGCAAUAUUUAUCUAUCAGCCAGCCAUAGAAAAUGGGACUGGGUAUGAAGCCGAAUAGCGAAGCCACCAUGCUGCCCAAGCCCAGGGCAAAACUCUUGUCCUCCGGCGGUAUGCACCGCAAUGCUAUGAGCAGAUUCGUUGACUUGCUGCUGGCACCGACGAGCUUCAGGAAACACAUGACGCCCAAGAAAAGGAGAAACUGAUUGAAGCAGUCCACAUGACAGGCGCCAUCCACAGCAUACUGCAACUGUGAAUAUAAACUAUGAGUUUGUAGAUCUGAUGCAAUAAUCGAAUUAAUGUCCAAUUUACUUCAA